AUGCUCUCUUUUUUACGACUGCUUACUGGAGCGCUAGCUCUCGGCGGCGCGUCUGCGCUCACAAACCCCUUCAAUCGCAAGAUCUUACUGACCAACGAUGAUGGAUGGGCGGCAUCUCACAUUCGCGCAUCGUAUACUGCGCUAAAGGCGGCCAAAUACAAUGUCCUGAUGUCUGCCCCCGCGGAAAAUAAAUCGGGUACGGGCUCUAGUAUGGCGCCGCCAACGGUGCUCAACAUCACCUGCGAGUUUGAUACCUGCCCUAUUGGUGCUCCGCCAGAAGGCUUCAAUGCGUCAGAUCCGCGAUUGAACUACGUCAACUCCUUCCCUGCAACCUCAGUAGAGUUCGGCAUCCAAACCCUCUCCCCCAAAUUCUUCAAGUCCAAACCUGACUUUGUGUUUGCUGGGCCCAAUGUUGGAAAUAAUCUUGGCCCAACUGUCCUUAUUUCUGGCACUGUUGGAGCUGCGACCGAAGCCGCUCUUGAAGGUGUACCUGCGAUUGCCUUUUCGGGUGCCACCGGCGCACAGAUCUCAUACACGACUCUCGCCAACACAACGGACCCGCUCACAGUCGCAUCCAACCUCUAUGCCGCGCUUAGCGUCAAAGUCGUUGACACACUCCUUCUGCUCCCAGGCCCGAUUCUCCCCAAAGGCAUUGCCCUCAACGUCAACUACCCCUCGACCACCUCUGCUCAAAACUGCACCCAAGUGUCCGACUUCAAGUUCGUGCUAACUCGAAUCAAUCCGCCGGAUGCGAACUCAGCUGAUGUGCCGAUUUGUGGGUCCACGCAACUGCCUACGGAGUCCGAUGCCAUCGCAACACUUGGAGCGUGUAUCAACACAAUAAGCGUGUUCAACGCUUCGACCAAGGCAGAUGUUGACAAGGAGACCCAAACGUUUGUCCUGCUCAGACUGUUCGAGAUCUUGAGCUGUCUCCCGAAGUAG